UCUUCUCAUAACCCACUUUAUAAUUUCACACUUUCCCCUAUUUUCUCCUCAUCCCUUCCAUAACCAUAACCACUCCUUUUCUUCCAUUCCUUCACCUCCCAAAAAAAAAUAAAAAAAUAAACAAUAAUAAUAAACCAAACAAACCUUGUAGAAAUAGAGAAAUUCUGAAGUGAAAAUGGGAAGCUUAAUUGACUUUGAAGAGACAGAGCUCCGCCUUGGGCUGCCCGGCGGUGAUGGUAGAAGCGACGGCGACGCCAUGAAGAAAAGAGUUUUCACUGAAACUGUGGAUUUGAAGCUAAAUCUUGUGACCAAUUCUGACGAAGGCAACAAAACGACAGACAAGAAUGUCGUUUCGAGCUCCGUCGGUAAAGAUCUUCCCAAGCCUCCCCCGGCCAAGGCCCAGGUUGUCGGUUGGCCACCGGUAAAGUCGUUGAGGAGGAACAUCGUAGGGCCAAAGAAGAGUAAAUUAGAAGAAAGCGAGAAGGGCGCCGCCAUAAGUGACGGUGGAUGUAGCGUCGGUGCGGCGGCGGCGGCGGCGUUUAUUAAAGUCAGCAUGGACGGCGCACCGUACUUACGCAAAGUGGACUUGAAGAUGUACGGAAGCUACCAAGAGCUUUCCGAUGCCUUAAGCAAGAUGUUUGGCUCUUUCACCACUGGGAAUUGUGGGCCACAAAAAAUGAGGGAUUACAUGAAUGAAAGCAAAUUAAUAGAUGUCCUAAAUGGGUCUGAUUAUGUGCCUACCUAUGAAGACAAAGAUGGAGAUUGGAUGCUUGUUGGAGAUGUGCCAUGGGACAUGUUUGUGGAUUCCUGCAAACGCUUGAGGAUAAUGAAAGGAUCUGAAGCCAUUGGACUUGCACCAAGAGCAUUGGAGAAGUGCAAGAACAGAAACUGAACUACUACUAUUAGUUUUUUUUUCCUUGUGGAAUCAUAAAAAUGAUUAUAUAAUUAAUAAUAAUAAUAGUAACUAUUAUUACUAUUAUUUGUUAGCUUGCAGUUAAUAUCCAAUUGAUGGUCAUAUAUCAAACCCUACUCUAUAGAGGGAGGAGUUUGAUUCUGAUCUGUAACAUAUCACCUUUUGUCUAUGUAAUUACUAUAUAAAUGAAAUAUUUCUCACCAGAUUUUGUAUUCUA